AUGGGUACUUUAAUGCCCCUACCGCGUAGUCAGAACAAUAAGCCUGACAAACCGGGAUUCGUCACGGUGGACUUCAACCAUACUCAGUGGACAGUUCCUGAACGCUAUCGUGAUCUCAGCCUAAUUGGGCAUGGGGUCUAUGGAGCUGUUUGGUACCUGGUCACACCCUUUAUGGCAGCUGAUUUGAGUGCCGUUGUACGCACACAGGAUUUAUCGGACAGUCACAUCCGUUUUCUCAUCUAUCAGCUCCUCCGGGCACUGAAAUACUUACACAGUUGCGGUUUGAUUCAUCGAGACCUGAAACCGGGAAAUAUUGGCGUGAACGAAGAUUGUGAGCUCAAACUAUUGGAUUUCGGCUUGGCCAGACAGCGGGAUGAUGAAAUGACUGGAUAUGUUGCCACACGCUGGUAUCGAGCACCCGAAAUUAUGUUAAACUGGACGCAUUACAACGAACAGGUGGAUAUCUGGUCGGUUGCGUGCAUAAUGUCCGAACUACGUACUCGAAAACCACUUUUCCCAGGCCGGAACCACAUCGAUCAGCUUCGCCGAAUAAUUUGCCUCUUGGGGAAGCCAGACGAACUGUACAUGGAGAAGGUUACUGGCGCAGGUCGUAAAGAAACGGAACAGGCGAACGCCAGUUUGAAAGUGUUGUUUCUGCGUGUACAAAAUAGCAUCCUGUCACCGAUGACCUCACAGUAUAUGUCAUUAAUCAAAUUUUCACUUCGUGUUUGCUUUUUCUCCUUGAACCAACAGGCCCGGAGUUUCAUCGAUAAUUUGGAAGUUACCAAUCCACCUGAUCUCAGUGUCCAUUUUUCCGACUUUCCUGAAGAUGGCGUGGAUCUCCUUCGGCAUUUGCUCCAACUGGAUCCGGAUCGGCGAUUUACAGCCUCACAGGCUCUGGCUCAUCGUUACUUUGAAUUAUACCACGACGAACAGGACGAGCCCACCGGUGAUCGGUUUGUUGACGCGUUGGAAGAAGCAAAGGAUGUCAGUGUUCAGGAAUGGAAAGAACAUAUCUGGAAAACGUUGGAGGACUUCGUACCCAAACUGAAUUCUCUGCGGUUGGGCUGUCCAGACAGUCGGUAGUCUUUCACCAUUUAUACUGCAAUGAUCCUAUGUGCGCCUAUCCAAGCCGAGUGUCAAUGGCACUCUAGAAUAUCACGGCACCGGUUUUUCAAACCAGCUGGACACCGUGUAUUUGUAGCCCUUUCUAGCGACGUACUUAUGUUUGUCCGUAUUUUUUCUCCUACAUCCCGAACCGCUGCCAGGUUUGUUUUGUAUUUUCUUGCCGACGGCUUUUGGUCAAGUUCAUUGCCAUCCAAGACUAUGUAAUCAUUUCAUUUCAUGUGAACACAUACUCACGCCUGUUCAUGACACAAUCUUGACGCCAAAUUUUUAUCAAAAUAUUCUGCUUCUUGUUAUUGUAAUAGAGUGGUACCACUUUUUCAAUCUCCCCGGUAAUUCGAAAUUCAAUGCAAUUUUGCCUCUGGUAUUUGAGUACACCGGUUUAUUGCUGUUGCCU